UCUCUCUGGGACUACUCCUCUAUUUCUGUCUGGUCUCCAGGCCCGGGGCCCGCUGCUGGCCUCUGGUCAGAUGCUAAAAGACCGGGCUGUGGAGUACAUCGAGGUUUUUGCUUUGGAUUGUUGUCAAUAGAAAGAGACAGAAAGGAUCAGAGGACAGGAUCAGACAAGCAAAGGCUUUUCUGGAAGCAUUCGUAGGAGUCUACAAUAAACCCAAAUUAUGGAUUAUAAAACUGGAGGGAAAAGAACAAAUUCCAGGAUUUUUUUGGACAGAGGCCAUCUAAAAGGCACAAUGACUUAGGAGCUACCAGCUGUCCAACAUAAAAACCCUGACAAAGAGGUCCCAAACUUAGGGUCCUGUAGCUCAAGCAGCAGGCGGAGUGAAUCAUUUCAAGGUCGGUGUUUGCAUGAAUGACUGAACAACGGAAGACAGAGAUCCUUGCUUGCAAACCUGCAUCAUGACCUCAGUUGAGAAGCGCCGCUCAGGCCGAAAAAGUGGCGGGCAUCGAAAGCACAGCGAUGGAGGUUACAGUGAUACCUCCAGCGGUGGGUCCUUUCUGGAUGAGACUGACCGUGAGGUCAGCAAUUUGACAGAUCGAGCAUUUAGGAGUCUCUGCAUUGGAGAUGAGGCUGUUUAUAAUGACUCAGACCUCUGUUCAUCUUCUCCCUGCGCCCAGAGAGACAGACAGCUGGCAUUUAACGAGAGUGGCCAGAACAGAGACGACAGAGAGAGGGAGAACCUUAAAAGUGCUUCACAUGAGAGCUUCACCCUCAGGAUGCAGCAGUAUGGACAGGACAUGAUCAAUGGAGGAAUGUAUGGGGCAGAGAUCCAGAGAGAUCCACAGUGGGAGGUUUAUGGAGAGAAGACAAAGGGGAGGGUCUCUGCCUCAUUCCAGCAAUCCUUUGUGGAAACCUCUCAACAGCGGGAAACUCUGGGGCAAGAACAGUUGCCUCUUCUCAGCAAUGGAGCCACAGAGUUGAAUUCACAGCAACGCAGAAGCCGUUCAAGAGUAUCCUCUCUGAUCAGAGCUUUUAACUCUGAGGGACAAAGGGAUGGAGCAGUGGCGGAUGGUAAUGAGACAAGCUGGGAUAAAUCGGCUCUGAUGAGUAUCCAAAGGGAACUUACAGAGUUUUCUACUCCUUACCAGCAAAACUUUAACAGUGGUCAGUUCCCUUCAUAUGACACAUUUGCCUCCCAAGACACUAACUUGUACUCCUCUAAAGUGGCAGCAGUGUCUGACAUGAAUUCGGCAUCCUCUUUUAUGAGCUCUUCCCAUAGUAAUCACAGCAUUUCCGCUCAGGUCAACUGUAACUCUAACUUCUUUAUACACAGUGAGUUUAGUCCCUUCAAGGUAUGGAGGGACUAUAACAGGUUUCCCUUCUCACAAGGAGGAGUCUCAGGGUUUAUGCACUGUUCGGAGUUUCCUAAAUGGUAUGAGACACCGAUGUACAAGGAGCUUUCACUGGAGGCCCAACCACAGGGUCCUUAUCAGUUUGGUGAGAGGGUUAUCAGAGACCAGAGGAAUAACUUGGCACCUGUUGUUCCUCCCACUCAUCAACGAUCCACUUCAACAUCUACAAUGAUGCAGAAAGCUCCUGCUGUGGAGAAACGCUGUGAGUCGGAGUUGACUGGUCAUUACCCCCACAGAAAGCGUACACAGAGCCUAGGAACUAACAAGCUUCCACCACAAAGGCCAUCAACUGCGUCACCUUCCAGUGAUAUGUCUCGACGUGUCCAGGACACCAUAAGCUCAGUCAAAGCCCUUCAACAAAAAAUAAAAAUGAUGACGGAGCAAAAUCGUAUAACAGGGAUGACAACAAAUCAACCGGGAGGGCUUUGUAGCAAUGACAAUUCAAUAAUCUUUAACAACAAUGCAGAAUCAAUGGCACCAAAUGUUACCAGUGGUACCACAAGGACGACCCCCUUCAACAUCAGCCAUCUGCUCACGCCUUUAGUUUAUGCACAUCAAGAAGCAGAGACAUCAGAGGUCGGACAGAAUGCAAUUUCUCCUCAACCUGUGGAGCAUGCUCCAGUGCGAGCAGAAAGCAGAGGAGCCACUCCUGAUAUUAGGAUGUCCAGCUACAGAUCCAGAGCCAGCAGCCUACUCUUCAAUCUCAAAGAUAAUAGGAAAAGAGUCAAAAGCACCUACAGUCCUACGAAAUUCAAAGGCUUGGAGACAUUUGAGAAAAACAUACAGCCCUCUACCCAGGAGCCAAGAGACACUGUGAUAGACAUCCCUGAUUUUCCAGAUCCAGACAUUCAAUUUCUCCAGGUAGAGGAAUCCACCAGGACUAAUGCUGCCUCAGAUCAAUAUGCAAACCACUAUCAUAGCCCUGGAUUGAUGCUUUCAAAACUAAAUUCUCAACCUGAACAUAUAGGCCAAAUCACAAGUAAUUACCAAACAGCUCAGAUGCAAAGUGAGAUGGUUCAACACUCAGGCUUCACUGACCUUAAACCUGAAAAUUAUGCUCAAGAUCUUCCUGCUAAUGGACAGAAUCUCUAUGAAGAAUUGUCGUUUACUCCCUAUAAGGAAGGCGGGAUAGAUAAUGUAGAAUCUCCGGGAGGUGAUGUAUACAAGUUUAAACAAUCCUAUACAGCUACAGAAACACCACGGGUAAAUGCUGACAACUUUCAACACAGAGAAAACGUAAUAAGUAAGGCAAAUGCUGAGCAACAUUUAAAUCAAACAGUGGAAAGGGAAUUCACAAAAGUGGAUAGAUAUCAGCAGCUCAAAGACAAACAAUAUGAUGACAGUAAUGUGUCCUCACAUGAUAAGUGGAUAAUGACAAACAGCCAAGACACAGACAAUCUGAAAGCAAUCUCUCCAUGGAAACAAGAGAUAACUGCUUUAAUGGAAAAAGACCAACAUGCACAGGCUUCCCAAAGAGCAGCCAUAAUAAAGGAGGAACUCAAUUCACCAAGAGACAAAUACAGACAAAAUCAGCAGAGUGUAAAUAAAGAAUUUGAGAAACGAAAUGCUCCAUUGAGUAAUGACAGUAUAGAAAACCCAGCAUAUUAUGGACAACACCUUGGAGCUUUUAAGGACAAAUAUGCACUUCAAAAGUAUUACGGACACAAUGAUGGAAAUGAACUGAAAGAUGAUUAUUUGACACAGAAUAAUGACAGAUAUGCUGAUCAACAAUAUAAAAACCAACACACGUUGAAUUUCAAUAAAGACAUCAGUACCCUCAUGCAAGAAACAGCUCAGAGGAAACAAUAUAUGCCAAAUCUAAAGGUGUAUGAAUUGCAAAGUCAGCAGCCAAUAGAAACUAAACCACAGUUGGAACCAAAUAGGCAGACAUUUUCAUUAUCUAACCCUGGCAAUGCAUUUGCCCCCACAAUGGCUAACCAGGUGAAAGAUAGACAUUGUAUUGAGAUUAGGCCUGAACAGAUCAGAGCAGAGGAUAUCAAAGCACAACACAACCAAGCAGAGCUGGCAAAGGCACAACACUGGGCUCAACUGGAUCAGCCCAAGGGGGAGUCAGCUAGGUUAAUUUUAGCAGGGCAGAUUGGUUCGGAGAAAGGCAAAGCAGAACAGGCCAAAGCAGAACUAACAGAGCACAAACGCGUCAACCAGGUUAAACCAAAACAUAUGAAAACGGAGGAGCAAAUAGAAGAAAAGUCUAGACAAAAUCUAGUGUGUGCCAGAGAUGAACAGACAAAGUCAGAGCAAACCAAAUUACAGAAAAAUGACCAGGUCAAAGUAAAACAAGCUGAAGCAGAGAGGCUAAAAGAAGAACACAUAAAAGCUGAACUGGCAAAGGCAGAGCAGGCUAGGCAGGCAAGGUUAGAGCAGGCUAAAGCUGAACAGGCCAGAAGAGGAAAGAUUGAAGCAGAGCAAAUUGCGGAAGAAAAGGCAAAAGCAGAUCAAUUUGAAAAAGGGAGAAUGGAGGCAGAACAAAUCAGAACAGAAAGAGUUAAAGCUGAACAGGCUGAAGCAGAGCGUAUAAAAGCAGAAGAAGCUAAACUCGAGCAGAUACAGAAGCAAUCAGCUAAAGCUCAAAUAGCUAAGCUAGAGCAAUUACAACAGCAACAAGCUAAAGCAGAACAAGCUAAGCUAGAGCAGAUACAAGCGCAACAAGCUAAAGCAGAACAAGCUAAGCUAGAGCAGAUACAAGCGCAACAAGCUAAAGCAGAACAAGCUAAGCUAGAGCAGAUACAAGCGCAACAAGCUAAAGCAGAACAAGCUAAAGCAGAACAAGCUAAGCUAGAGCAGAUACAAGAGCAACAAGCUAAAGCAGAACAAGCUAAAGCAGAACAAGCUAAAGCAGAACAAGCUAAACUAGAGCAGAUACAAGAGCAACAAGCUAAAGCAGAACAAGCUAAAGCAGAACAAGCUAAGCUAGAGCAGAUACAAGCGCAACAAGCUAAAGCAGAACAAGCUAAAGCAGAACAAGCUAAGCUAGAGCAGAUACAAGAGCAACAAGCUAAAGCAGAACAAGCUAAAGCAGAACAAGCUAAGCUAGAGCAGAUACAAGCGCAACAAGCUAAAGCAGAACAAGCUAAAGCAGAACAAGCUAAGCUAGAGCAGAUACAAGCGCAACAAGCUAAAGCAGAACAAGCUAAAGCAGAACAAGCUAAGCUAGAGCAGAUACAAGAGCAACAAGCUAAAGCAGAACAAGCUAAAGCAGAACAAGCUAAGCUAGAGCAGAUACAAGAGCAACAAGCUAAAGCAGAACAAGCUAAAGCAGAACAAGCUAAGCUAGAGCAGAUACAAGCGCAACAAGCUAAAGCAGAACAAGCUAAAGCAGAACAAGCUAAAGCAGAACAAGCUAAGCUAGAGCAGAUACAAGCGCAACAAGCUAAAGCAGAACAAGCUAAAGCAGAACAAGCUAAGCUAGAGCAGAUACAAGAGCAACAAGCUAAAGCAGAACAAGCUAAGCUAGAGCAGAUACAAGCGCAACAAGCUAAAGCAGAACAAGCUAAAGCAGAACAAGCUAAGCUAGAGCAGAUACAAGCGCAACAAGCUAAAGCAGAACAAGCUAAAGCAGAACAAACUAAGCUAGAGCAGAUACAAGAGCAACAAGCUAAAGCAGAACAAGCUAAAGCAGAACAAACUAAGCUAGAGCAGAUACAAGCGCAACAAGCUAAAGCAGAACAAGCUAAGCUAGAGCAGAUACAAGAGCAACAAGCUAAAGCAGAUCAAGCUAAACUCGAGCAAACACAAGAGCAACAAGCUAAAGCAGAACAAGCUAAACUUGAGCAAACACAAGAGCAAAAAGCUAAAGCAGAUCAAGCUAAACUCGAGCAGAUAAAAGAGAAACAAGUUAAAUUCGACCAAAAUAACACUAAGGUAGUUCAAAUGGAAAAUGUCCUAAUAAAUCACGUUCAAGUUGAAGAUGUAAAACAAGAGACAGUUUUGAAAGAUUCAAUAAAUGCUAGUCGAGAAUCUGCCGAGCAACCUUCAACUCAGAUAAGUAAAGCCCAAGACAUAAAGGCAGAGCAGGCAAAGUUAGAACUAACCAAAGUUGAGCUAGCUAAAGAAGAUAAUAUGCAUGAAAGGUCGCCAGUGACACAGCAGGUCAAAAGAGAGCCGGAUAGAGUUGAGAUAGUUAAGACAGAGUUGGCUAAAGCUAAAGCUGAAUUGGCUCAAAUAAAAGAGAAAAUGAGAGGAGAGCAAAAGGAGAAAGUCAGAAAUGUAGUUCUAACAAAAGAAAAUGGGAGUAAGACAGAUGAUUGUUUAAAGAUAAAUAUCAAUAAAAAUGCAGAUCAACAGCAGUCAACACAAAUGCAUCAACAGAGGGAUGACUCAGUUUUAAGCAAGCAAUAUUUAGAUCAAGUUGAUAGUGGGGUUAAUGAAUAUGUGCGUCUUCGAGAGAAAUAUGGUUUUAUUGAUACAACUUCACCAACCAGCAACAACGUGUUGGCUGCAGGAAAUGUUUCUUCAAAUGACGCUGAUGAAAUACCAGUUGUAUCUCUUGAUGAAGUUGAAACAAAAAAUAAAUCUAGUCCUACAAGCAGAGUUGCAACAGAUAACACACAGAAUGAGGAGGAAGCAGGCAGCUUGAAACCGAAGGAGUUGACAGAUAGUCAGUAUGUUUAUAGUGAGUCAUCAAAGGAAUUCAAAUUAUCUGGUGGUAAUUAUUUACCUUUCAAUGAAGAUGAAAGAGCAAUUACUGACAAUGUUACUGAUAAAGUUAAGGUUGACAGUCUUGAAAAGUCGAAGAAAUCUGACCCUCUGAAACACACUGAUAUUUCAGAACAAAGAGAUUCUCAUCCGCCUAAACUGUUCCCCUUGGAAAGAAAUCCUAAGUCAGCGGAGCGAAAUGAAGGUUCAGAUAAAGAUUCGCACUUCACCCCUCCCAGAGCAUUGUCCAGUAAAGAGAGAGCACAGACCAAGCAGGAGAUUCUGACCUCAAGGAUAAAAGCCCAUGCUGAAAAAGAAAUUUCAGCUAUCAAGGAAAAGGGGUUUGCAGUAAGAGAAGGGUUUAUGUCCAAAAAUCCUGCCAGGCAGUUAUCAGGUAGUCAGAGUAUGAUUAUACGACAGAGGCCACCAGCACAGGAAAUGUCUAAAAAACAUGAAAGCACAAUGUCCAGUAAUUACACCCUCAAGCACCAGAUGGAGCCUUCAGAAAUACAGAUGGAUCCAGUCAAAUCUUUUUCACCUCCAAGCUCUGCUUCAAUGCCAGUUUACUCUGCCGCAAUCUCCAGUAAGUUAUUGUACCAUGAAGAACUAAUUAAGAGCAAUGACAAUGGGCCCAAAACAUCAAAAAACCCAAAAGAUAGAAGUUAUAACAUGAGCGCAAAUGAGGGAUUGGUUGAAAAUCAAAAGAAUGAAAAUCAAACUGGAAUUAAGUCACCAAUACAAAGUAAGGAGCAGACACCCAAAAACAGGCAAGAAAAACAGGAGGUAGAUCAAGGAAAAAGCUCAAGGCAGAAAGAGGGACUAAAAGACAACGUUGAUGUAAAAACUGAACAUCUCAACAAGAAGAAAGAGGAGCCAUCAAUAGCUAUAGCUGCGGUUGAAUCUGAAAGCUCAAAACCUAUGACGACAGAAGAGACGGAAAUGAAACAUGAUGAGAGCUUGAAGAUCACAGGAAUAAUGGUUAGUGUGCGAGAAAGAAAGCAAUCUAUGGACAAAGGUCAGAGUAAUAUGAGCACUCUAGAACAAAUUAAUCGUAAAGAUUGCAAUAAUUCAGAGCUAGAUAAAUGUAAUUCUAGCUCGGGUCUGGAAGUAAGUAAAGGAAAUACAUCUUCAAUGGAACUUAGCAUGGUAAAGCCAAAGGUUGAAGUUGUACGGAACACUCAUUCUACAAAGAAGGAAGAUCAAACUAAUGUUGGUAUGAAUAAUCAUCACGAAAACAGGCAAGAAACUUCAACCCUAGAAGCUAGAAUGAAAAAUGUGUCUGAGACUGUCACAGAGAAAAAUACUAAUCUCCAGCAGGAGAGUUCUACUAUAAUUGUAAAAUCCCUGGUUGAAAAAGGUGCACCCUCCACAGUCACUGAACUUGCUAAAAAUAAAGUGUUGGCUGAAUCGCAACCCCUUCUCUACAAACAGGACAUAAUGGCAAAUCAAAUUAAAAAUCAAACAAAAGAAACGGCAAGAGAAAACUCAGCAAAAAGCAUGAGACUAGAUAAAGUAAAGAUUAGUACCGAACAAAACGAUCGUCCAACAACACAUACCAACAACAACUCUAAGCCCAAAGUGAUAGAGAACACAAAUGGAGCUGAUGCUGAAACUCUGAUAAAACAUGACAUCCAGCCGUCAGUAAAAGAAGAAAUGUCAACUGUCAGAAAUCCAUCCAAAAGCAGAAACAUGGAUGGCAACAGUGCACCCCUAGUGGAAGAAAGCAUGUGUGACUCUACACCACCAAAGCCAUUCAUCAAAAUCAGUCCCUCCAUUAAUUUAACUGAGAAUGAAAACACCCAAGUGUCUCCAAAACAUCAGUAUGAAGAGACACACAUGGACAAAAAUAACCAAGAGGAUGAUAUAGUGAAUAUAGGCAGCAUUGCCAUCAGAGUUGUGCCCGCAGUAACUGAAAAGGUCAACCUGAAAAUGGUGGGAAAACAUAGUGUCACCACUAUCCCCUCAGAUGGACAAUCCAGUCUUGGAGAAAAAGUAAACACUUUAAACACUGAAGACAGAAGCAAAGACCUUGCUCCAGCAAACAGUGAGAAGCAGGCACAAGACAGUUUGGAAGAGAAAUUGGCAGUACAAAGUGUGUUGUCCAGUAUUAAAAGGCUUUCUGAUUCACUGAAAAUCAGCAAUCAAGAAAACAGCAUAAACACAACCAUUGAGAACACUCAGGCUGAAAAAGGACAGCCUCAAAGAGUCAAUAUGAGAGAAACAGUGGACGAUUUAAAGAAACAACCAAUGGUGGGAGACUACUUCCAAGUACAAGGGGUAUCAGAAACGAAUGAUGACACACAAAACUGUACAAAUGUUGAAGAUACGUCAGAUGCGGUUUCAAAGGAAAAGGAACUUCCAGGAUUACUACCAAACAAGGCAGCUAUCAGCAAUAAAUCAUGCAAUGAAGAAAAACAUGCGGUUGAUCAAAGUGAAAGGAAAACAGUGGAAACAAGUUCAGCAAAAGUUCAAGAUGAUAAUAUGAAAAGGAAAAACGGGAAAACAGAAGAUAACCUGGCUUCGAAACAGAGUGAUGGGAAGACAAAUGAGAAGACAGAAGCCAGUCAAGCUAUUCACAUCAGAAAACAUCAAACAGUGAAGCAGCCCAGUUUAUCAGCAAGGGAAAGGCAGAGCUCAAGAAACACCCACCCAACAUAUGAGGAUACAGAUAAGGACAACCCUCAAGUUAAACCAAAGCCAAAAGAAAGGGUAUCCACAAUACCUGAGAUAUCAGCACUUGCAGACUAUGCCAGGUUAAAAGUUAUUGUUUCAGAAGAUGAAGCAAACCCAAUUCAGGAAUUCCCGCCUAACAAAAAGGAGGGAUUCUUUCCAAUAAUACAGACCCGCCAUAGCAGACGUCCGGUGUUCACUGCUGACCCACAAGUCCUCCCUGUGAAACAGAAAAGUGUGCCAAAAAAGACGGAGGUCAACUCCAAGUUGAUCAAAGAGCCCAAACCUGUAGUAUUUCCAAUUACAGAGAAAGAACACCAAAGGACGGGGAUGUUCAAGCUGGGCGACAAAGAAAGACAAGACAAAAUGCAAAUGGAUGCCAAAGCCAAUAAAGGUAUAUUAGAUGGAGAUUCAAAACAAGCACAACACCUCAAAGAAACAAGCAAGUCACCAACAAAUUAUCUUUCGAACCAGAGAAGUGAAAAACAAGUGUCUGGAACUGAUAACCAAAGAGUUUGUCAAGAAGAACAAAGCAUUCAUCAGCCAAAUAAUCCUCCGUCGCUAUCAACAACCUCAGUCAACAGGCUACGAAGCAAUUCUGCAUCACAACACCUCAAGACAAUCGAUAGCUCCAAUCCACCUGAACACGUUGUGGGAGAAGGACACAGUGUAGAAGACAUCACAGCAACUCCAAGCAAAGAUGGGAAGAUUGAAAAUGCACUGGCUAACAUUGGGGAAGAUAAAAGGAGACGGAAAAUGCUUGCAACUCGGCAUGAGGAAAUCGAGGCACAACAGCGUAGUAGAGCUAAACAGUUUGAGGAAAAAGAAGCUUCUAGGAUUGAGGAGGAGAAAAGAGCAGAAGAAAUGAGAGUUAAACAAAUGAUAGAGGAAAAUAGAGCUUCUCUGGCUCAAGAAGAGAGGAGAGCUGCUCAGAGAGAAGAGGAGAGGAGAAUAAGGGAACGGGAGGCCAUUGCUGCUAAAAUCAAGGAGAGGCGGGAAAAACAGAGAGCAGCAGAAAGAAGAGCAGAAGAAGAAAAAGCAUCUCAAGAAAAAGAGGCGAUCAGAGCAAAACAAACAGAAGAAGAACAGAGAAUAAAAGACAUUGAGGAGAAGAGGAGAACAAAGGUUGAGGAGGAGAGAAGAGCAACAUUAAGAAAGGAGGAAGAGUUGCUCAAAGAAAGUGAGGAGAAAAGGAGGAGACAGCAAGAGGAGAAAGCUGCACAAGAGGAGCAGCAGAGGAGAGCCACUCUCAUUGAGGAGCAGCAGAGGAGAGCCACUCUCAUUGAGGAGCAGCAGAGGAGAGCCACUCUCAUUGAGGAGCAGCAGAGGAGAGCCACUCUCAUUGAGGAGCAGCAGAGGAGAGCCAAACAGAUUGAGGAGAAGGAAGCUGCUCGAAAUUUGGAGGAGGAAAGAAUGAAACAGAGCAAAGAGCAGGAGAAAGCAGAUCAGAAGAUUGAAGAGCAGAGGAGAGAGAGGCAGAAGAGGGAAGAAUGGAUGAGAACUCAGAGAGAGGACGACGAGACGAGAGCUGUUGAAAAAGCACUUAUAAAACAAAGAGAAGAACGGAGAGCCAAAGAGGAGAUGACCAGACUCAUUGAGGAAAGCCAAGCAGCAAUACAAGAGGAGGGGAAGAGAGUGGCAAGAGAACGGAUGCAAACUCAAAGAGAGGAGGAGAUCGGGGCUCAAAGGAGGGAAGAGAAAGAUCAAACGUUUACUGAUCACAGAGAAAAGGAGAGAGCCACUCAGAUGGAGGAGCAGAAAAGAGCAACACCAAAGAUGGAUUCCCUCCAGUACUAUGCCAUCACCUCAACAGAUUCAGAGAAGAGACCCAGAGAAAGACAACUGUGCUCCCCUUCACCUUCUCAACAAAGACAGAAUCCCUCAGCCGAGGACUCAGGAUCCCACACGAGGUCUUAUAGGCCACAUGCAACUGCAUCUCCAGCACUAUCUUUGCCCCGCUCAAACAGCUCCUCUCCUGCUCUGGGAGUCAAGCCCUCAAUGUUCAGGGUGAAGGACAACACUUUCAGAGGUCCCUCUCUCACCAAGUCGGUCAAACCACGCCUCCAUAAAAGCUUUGGAGAGGAUUUCCGGGUAGGAUCACCCCUGGAGAGAGGAGAUGAAGAGCAGGAGAUAAUGAGACGCAGCGCUGGUACUCCUGACACAGGUUUAAACAGACUCGCUGCUAUCAAAGAAUCCUCCACUUAUCCAUAUUCAUCUCAAGAUUACUCAGCCCAUCUCUCCCAGCACAGACCUUACUCAAGGAGGAGCAUUAUUCUAGAUGAAGACGACUCUCGCUCCGUCAUCAGCAACAUGUCCGAGGAUGGCGAGAGUUGUGCCACCAGUGCAGCAGACCUUGCAGACCUACGAGGCCUGUAUGACUACGAGAGACCAGAAUCGGCCUGUAGCUACAGCAGUGAUAUGUCCCGUUCUAUGGGCAAGCCUCCAACUGUUCCUCCAAAGAGUGAGAAAGCCUUGCGAAGAGCAAAAAGGUUGACAACUCGUAGAAUAAAGAAGGAUAUCUCUAAAACGGUAGCAGACAGCCCUGUUGGAGUUGAGAAAUCUCUUCAAGAAGACGCCAAUAUUCCUUCCUCCAUUGAGGUAUGCUCCAACACCCGCCGAGCUGUGGCUUCCCCUCAUUUUUCCUCACCUGUCUCCCUCGCUCAUGCUCCAGCAGCGGGGUCUGGCUUGGCUUCUUUACACUCUAAGCACCAAUCUUCUCACAGCUAUGCUUCCCCCCAUGCCACUGGUCCUAUCUCCCUCGCAGUUGCAUCACCUCAUGUCACUGCCCCCGUUUCCAUCCCUGUUGCCCCGCCUAAUGCUGCUGGCCCUGCUUCCCACACUUCCGCUCUUAAGACAGUUGCUCAUGUUUCUUCUUCUCCCACUCUCCAUCAUGCCAAACACCCAGCUCCAGCUCCAGUGACACAGUACCAUGUAGAGUCAAGCUACCCCCAUUCCUACCCAAUGACCCAGCGUAAGGUGCUGCAAGACCUCGGCUCUGGUCAGUAUUUUGUGGUUGAUGUGCCGGUUCAAGUUAAAACUAAGACUUUCUUCGACCCAGAGACGGGAAAGUAUAUCCAGCUGAAUGUGCGCGAGUCUGGCCAAAGCACCUCCCGAGCCCCGCCCCAGCAGACGUACACACAACCUCAGCUCCAACCACAAAUGCAGGUAUCUCCAGCUGGCAAGCAUUUUGGGGUUUAUCAAGGCAACUAUGGUUAUCCCAAAGACUACCAAGCUCCAUCUAUCAACUCUGUGCCCUCCCACAGUUUAUCGGCCCCUGUGACCGUCCACCAGAACCAGAACCAGCAGCCUGUCAGGCAGAGCCACAGCUAUGGACACACAGCCGCUGAGAUGGGACAGAACUCUGACGGGCAUUGCUACAGCCCAGAGAAGACUCCAUACAUGGACACAGUUAAUGAUAAAGACAAAACAUAUAACACAGUUUACAACACACAUGGCCCAUAUGAAUCCUUCCCAGAGUUUGACACAAACAGCCAGCUUGCAGGAAGCCCGGUUUGUGAAAAUGAUAACUCAGCCCACUCACAAAGUCAGCCCCGUGAUAUAAUAAGCAUCAGUGAACUGGAUGACUUUAUGGAGAUGUCUGACUGGUGAGAGCAAAGACUGUUAGCUUUUUCUUCUAAAGGGGUUGAUACUGUUAAACAGACAAGUAAAGUACCCAAAAGCACAGUAUGAAUGGAUCAAGAUAUGCAGUAUUUUAAGUGUAUGUGAAUGACUUCAAGUGAAAAUACUCUAAGAAUUGCUGCUGUUGAUUUUGGAGAUUCACUGUUGCUAUUUUUUGUUCACCAUUCCAUUUGACUUUUGAAUGUGAGAAGUUAAAAUAUGUGUCUUGUGUAUACAUGAAUAAGUAUCCCAUUGUCUCCUAAACCUAUAAGUAUUUUAUCAUACAUUAGAAAAGCAACAGUGUGACAAUAGUGUUUAGUAGUUUGGAAAAACAUUGGUUUCUGCUAUGAACAUUGGCAAGCCUUUUUAAGUUUUAUUUAUUUUUAAUCCAUUUUGUGAUGCAUGAAAAAUUGGUGAAGUGACAAUGAAAUAUCUGCAGAUGGUGUAACGCCUAGUUUGUCAAAGUGAGACAAUGGUAAUGUGAUUAUUGCUGUUUUUGAGGUUUAAUUUCAUACAGUACUCCAUUUUUAAAGUUGGAAGUUUGUGAGAAUGUUGCUGUGAUACAGAGUAGUGCGGAAUGGACUAAUUAAAGCAAUAAAAACACUUCAUUCAUCCAAACAAUUUCACCACAAUGUCUUUCAGAAUCACAUUGUAAAGGUUUUUGAAUAAACAAAAA